GUAUUUAAUAGUGGGAUAAAUUUCGUUGAAUGUUGAUUAAAUGAAUUUAAUUUUGAAUUUUUAUAUUUUUAAAGAAAUUUUUAUUAAUAUUUAAUUAGUUGAUAAUGUAAAUUAAACCAGGGAAAUUUAUAUAAAAUCGAAUUAUUUAAAUAUUGAAAAAUAAUAUGAAAAACGACAAAUAUCAUCAUUGUAAAAUUAGAUAGUACAUCAAAUAAAAAAUAUUUUUAAAGAAUAUUUACUAUAACACAUUUUUUAAAUUACAUAUCAUGACAUUCGAAUGACUGCAAAAAUUUAGACUUUUUUGUGUAUAAAUCUUGCAUAAAACAUAUAAAUGCUAAAAUAUCUACAUACAUUUUUAGGUACAUUAAUGCUGUAAACCUUAUAUAUAGCAGGAACGUUAACACAGAUUGUUCUACAGAAAUAUACUGAACAAAAAUAUACUUUUUAAAAUUUGUUUAAUUAAUGAAAAAUUUAUUUUGCACUUAGGCGUUGUAUAAAUCAUGCAAAUGCAUGUUAUAUAUAACUUUGUAACUGCAUUAAAGCAAUGAACUUUUUUGGCAGGGUCGUUAAUUAUAACCUUUUAUAAUCUUAUUAUAAUUUCAAAGUGCGGAUUUAUCAUAUAAGAAACUCAGAAAUGAAAAAUAAGUUUAGUGGCUUUUUCGCAUCAUCAAUUGAUCAUUACAAUUUUUUCAAUUAAAAAGAACGAUUAAUAUGAUUAAAUUGUAAUAUUCAACAGAUGACAAAGAACUACUAAAGAAUUUUUUGAAGUGAAGUUCAUUUAAAAUAUAUAAUAAUAAGAAUGAGAAAGUUUCUGAUGACCGUCUUCAACAAAAGGGUUUUUAAUGUUCGUAUGGUACAUACUGUACCUCAAAGAAAAUUAAUUAACAUUAAAGAUGAAAAUCAAGAAUUAAUGGCUUUAUGGCCAAGAGUAUUUAAAGAUCUUACAGUCGGCCGUCAUACAGAUUUACCUGAUGUAACCAGAUGGCUGUCAAAGCUUUUACAAUACAAUGUUCCUGGUGGCAAGAAGAAUCGAUCUCUAAUUCUAGUCUAUGCAUAUAAACAAUUUGCUCAUCCGAAUCAAUUAACAGAUGGAAAUAUUCGAUUGGCACGUAUUUUAGGAUGGUGCAAUGAAAUGCUGCAGGCAUUCUUCUUGAUAGAAGAUGACAUUGUGGAUCGCUCGAAGACUCGUCGAGGACAACCCUGUUGGUAUCUUCACGAUAAUAUUGGAACCACAGCCGUUAAUGAUGGAAUUUUAAUAGAGCAAAUGAUCUAUCAACUACUUCGAAUGCAUUUUGGCGACAAACCAUACUAUCUAGAUUUUGUUAACACAUUUCUGGAUAUUAUUUAUAAGUCGAUGGUGGGACAAACGUUAGACUUGUUGUCGUCGAAUCAUGCAAAAAAGCCUAAAUUAAAUUUAUUUACCAUGGACCGAUACAAUGCUAUAGUAAAUUACAAAACUGCUUAUUAUUCCUUCGUAAUGCCAGUUACGUUAGCUAUGCACUUAGCUGGUAUUAAAGAUAAGGAAAUGUUUAGACAAGCUACAAAUAUAUUACUUGAGAUAGGAAAUUUAUUUCAAGUUCAAGAUGACUAUUUAGAUUGUUUCGGUGAUCCUCAGGUAACAGGAAAAGUUGGUACAGAUAUUGAACAAGGAAAAUGCUCAUGGUUAGUUGUUGUUGCCUUGCAACGAGUCACUUCAGAACAACGAAAGAUUCUAGAGGAAUGUUAUGGAACAAAUGAUAUGGAAAAAGUUGCAAGGGUAAAGCAAUUGUAUCGUGACUUAGGAUUACAAACAACUUACUCCGUUUAUGAGGAAGAGAAUUAUAAUUUAAUUAACACUCAUAUACAACAAAUUUCGUGCGGACUACCUCACGAUAUAUUUUUCAAAAUACUGAAUAAAAUUUAUCGCAGAAAUAUGUAAAACUGUCUGCGAUUGAUCAUAAAAUUGAAAAAUUUGAAAAAACAAAGAAUAAUAUAAUUGUACAGUACAUCAAAUAAAAAAUAUUUUUAAAGAAUAA